AUGGAAUCAAUUUGGAAGAACAUUGCUGCGGAGUUGGCGGAGCUGGGCCCAGCAAAAUCAGUAGAACAAUGGAAAACAACAUGGCGUGAUCUUAAAUCAAAAACGAAAUCCAGAAAUGCUAAUAUUAACCUUGCCAGAAAUAGAACUGGAAACAGUGAGAAUGUUCCCGCUGUAACAACUGCAGAAGAAAAAAUUUUAGGAAUCACUGGGAAGACUUCAUCUCAGGGUCUAGAUGUUCCCGAGACAUUAAUAGGACCACCAUUAGAGCAGUCACCACCACAUCCAUUGCCCGCACACCAGUAUCUACCACACCAUUCAUCACCACCCCAUAAAGAACUUCAUAUCGUUGUCACUCGCAAGGAGAAAAAAAUGUUGCGUGAAAGUGCCCUAAUAGAUUAUGAAUCUGCAGGACACCAGAGGGUCCUGGUCAGCAACUCCGCAGAAGGUCUACGAAAUCCUGACCGUAUGUUUCAGAAUCAAUGGGCUGGCGAGAAUUUGCCGCAGGGAGAUUUGAGCGCGUUCUGGACACCAGUAACGCUUAAGUCGCAAGACUUCUUCAUGGGCACGAUGAAUCUAGUCGGUGAAAGGAGACCCGGCGUAGGUGAUGCUUUUGCAUUCCGUUCUCCAUUAAUAGCUAGAAGACAGGCGCGUCACCGUUGGACAACGCUAAUCGAUAACAUAAUUGCCUAG